ACCACCCAAGUGCUUGCCAAGCUCUGGUUUUUUCCGUUUGCAAUAAAUAAGCUGCUUACUCUUUGUGGAAUCACGGAUUGGAAGAAAGGAGGCGCUGACUGGGAAGAGGCGGAAAUCAGAGGUGACGAGUGAUACGUUUAGCGUCUUCACGAUGGAGAAAGCGCCGUGGUCAGCUGUUGCGAUGGCGAUGGCGGCGGGGGCGGCAGGUUUAGUGCUGUGGGCUCUGUGGUUAUCCAUAAGUCUUUGGUGGCGCCCACGCCGGCUUGAGUGCGCCCUCCGGGCUCAGGGUCUCGUCGGAACUCGCUACCGUUUUCCUUCAGGCGACCUCAAGGAGAACGCACGCCUCGUGCGCGCUAAACCCCUCCCCCUUUCUCACUGCAUCAUACCCCGAGUCUCUCCCUUUCUUCACCGAGCCAUCAAUCAAUUUGGUAAAUUUUGCAUUACGUGGGCUGGUCCUGUGCCAAGAAUAAUCAUCAUGGAUUCUAAAUUGGUGCGUGAAAUUCUAACUACCAAAUCUGGCCUCUUUUUGAAACCAAAGUUUAACCCCUUGUGGAAGGUGUUGGCAACUGGAAUUGCAAAUUAUGAUGGCGAAAAAUGGGCCAAACACAGGAGUAUUAUUAAUCCUGCAUUCCAUGUAGAGAAGUUGAAGCAUAUGCAGCCAGCAUUCUCCAAUUGCUGUAGCGAAUUAAUUGGACGAUGGGAGAAAUUGGUAGACUCCAGUGAAACAUGUGAACUGGAUGUCUGGCCUGAAUUUCAAAAUUUAACUGGCGAUGUCAUCUCAAGGACAGCGUUUGGUAGUAGCUUUGAAGAAGGAAGGCGAAUUUUUCAAAUCCAGACAGAGCAAGCAGAACUUCUUAUUCAGGCUUCUCAAACUGUAUAUAUCCCAGGUUUCAGGUUUUUUCCUACCCAAAUGAAUAGACGGAGAAAUCAACUUGAUAAAGAGGUUCGAUCCCUUCUCAAAAGUAUGAUUGAAAAAAGAGAGAAGGCUAUCAAAUAUGGAGAGAAAAAUAGCACCGACUUGUUAGGCCUAAUGAUUGAGUCUAAUUUGAAACAAUUUGAAGAGCAUGGAAAAUUUGGAAGUGGUGGAAUGACAACUGAAGAUAUAAUUAAAGAAUGUAAGCUCUUUUAUUUUGCAGGGCAAGAGACAACAAGUGUUUUGCUUAAUUGGACAAUAGUUUUGUUGAGUAUUUAUCCAAGUUGGCAGGAAAAAGCACGAGAAGAGGUUAUGCAAAUAUUUGGUAAAAAUGCACCAGAUUUUGAUGGUUUAAGUCACUUGAAGAUUAUGAGCAUGAUUCUUCACGAGGUUCUAAGACUAUACCCACCUGUGAUUCUCCUGGGCCGAACGACCUACAAGAGUACGGAGUUAGGAGGUAUCACUUACCCCAAAGGUGUUAUUCUUUCUCUGCCUGUAAUCUUCAUUCACCAUGAUCCCAAAAUCUGGGGAGAAGAUGUUCUUGAGUUCAAACCAGAGAGAUUUACAGAUGGCAUCUCAAAGGCUGCAAAGAAUAAUCAGAUGGCCUUCUUCUCAUUUGGUUGGGGUCCUCGCAUAUGCCUAGGCCAGAACUUUGCGAUGGCUGAAGCCAAGAUGUGCUUGAGCAUGAUUCUUCAGCGUUUUAGGUUCGAGCUGUCGCCAUCCUAUAUCCAUGCUCCAUACACUGUCAUCACGCUUCAACCUCAGCAUGGUACUCAGAUCUUGUUGCAUAAACUAUGAUACAUUUAUGUGGGUUACACAAUUCAGUAAAUGACAGCCAUACUGAAUGCAUCGCAAUUCAGUUUUAGAUCUACCUUUUCUCUUGUUUUAGUUUGUUAAAAAACUGUUUGUUCGGUUGGAAGCUCUGUUAAUUCAUACUGCAUGUGUAGAAAAAUAAAAGAAGGCUGCUGCAAUAUGAAACUCUUCUCCUCAGGAUGUAAUUCAACUGUUUUAGAUUGUUAUUAUUAAUUCAGACAGCUUGUAAAUAGAGCCAGGCUA